CAACACACUCUUCCUUUUAUGUAACAAACCACACACUCUUCCUUUUAUAUAACAAACCACACACCCUUCGUUCAAUUCCCACAGUGCCAAAAAACAGAAGAGAAUCUGACCCAACAAUGAGUGAAAUAGCAGCAAGAGAUUCUUCAGUUUAUGGUGCCAUGGCAAGUUGGUUCACACCCUCCUAUCUCUUCAUCUUCAUCAACCUUGUCAUUGGAACCAUAGCCAUCACCUCUCGUUUCACCACCACACCAAAACGCCAACGCCAACACCAACUCAUCCGUUCUCCCUCUUUGCUUGACAGAUUCACAUCCUUCAACUUACGUUAUCACAAACAUCAAACCACAGCAACGUUAAAGCCUCACGACGUUGUUGUGGAGUCUGUCCAGACUCUAGACUCGCCUCGGCCGGUUCAAAUCGGUUCCUUCGAUACGACUGAGACCCGAGAAGGUGAUGAAGUUAAAAUUGAUAACUCACCCCAGUUGGACCGGAUUAGGUCUUUUAGUUUUCGUAGAACAGAAAGUGAAAGAUCCGAGGCGGUCCAAAAUUCUGACUCUGGAAUGAAUCUGGUACGAACUCCAUCUUUGUUGGAGCGCGUUAGGCGUUUUAGUCUGGAAUUAGGUAAAGUGGAGAAGGAAAGUUGUGACUCGGUUCAGCAGCAAUUAAGCCGUGCUCCUUCCUUCCUGCAGCGGCUUAAGUCCUUGACCUUUGACAGAACGGAGUCCGAAGCUGAGGUGAGGGAUGGUGGGGAGUUUGUGGAGGAAAGGGAAGAAGAGGAAGGAGUGGACGCCAAGGCUGAUGAUUUCAUCAACAGGUUUAGGCAGCAACUCAGGUUGCAGAGGCUUCACUCUAUUCUACGAUGCAGGGAUAUGCUCACACGAAACUCAUAAUAACAUUUGAAUUUAAUAUUAUUUGAAGGAGAAGAUCACCUUUUUCCAAAUGUUUAUUGCUUCAACACCAAAAUUUAGCUACCUGCUCUCUUGUUUGUAAUCUCUAUUUGUAAACCCUUGCUGUUUUGGUAUUGUUAUUCCAAAAAAAAAAUUAAUAGCGAUAAUCUUUUCAAUGUAGACAAUUUUUAAAGAUGAAGUCUGAGGUUGUUUUUUCUUUGUUAGUUUCUUUCCAGGUUAUU